UGCCCAACCUUGUUCUCCUAAAGUUCAUUGCCAUCAAUUUCAACCUCAAAAACUUACCCAAGAGCAUGUCUAGCUUACGUAACUUGGAAGCCCUUAUAGUUCACACAACUGAACCAACCCUAGAUAUACAAGCAGACAUUUGGAUGAUGACAAAGCUAAGGCUUCUACAUACUAAUACCACCGCAUCCUUGCCGGAGUGUCAUGAUCAAUCCUCCAGCAGUGAAUACUUACAAACUUUGUCCACCAUUUCGUCUCAUAGUCUCACGAAGGAAGUGUUUGAAAGGACUAAGAAACUCAAGAAGCUUGGUAUAAGUGGGAGUUUAGGCACUCUAGUGAAGACCAAUGGUGAUUCUGAUUUGUUUGAAUGUCUUUGCAGACUAAGCUCCCUUGAAAAUUUGAGGUUACACAGUGAUGAGUCCAAGCUACUUGCCCUUCCUCAACCAGAUAAAUUACCAAAAAACCUAAAAAGAUUGAGUCUGCAUAAGACCGGUCUGGAAUGGAAUAAUCAUAUGCCUAUUCUCGGAGGGCUCCAGUCUCUUGAGGUUCUCAAGUUAAAGGAUAAAGCUUUUGUGGGAGUAGAGUGGAAGACAGAAAAAGGGGGUUUUCGUUCUCUCAAAGUUUUGUUCAUUGGAGACACAGAUCUAGAGAAUUGGGAGGUUAAAGCGGAUGAUCUCCCAGAACUGAGAUGGCUUAUCCUCAAGCAUAUCAAAUCUCUUGAGCAGAUGCCAUCCGACUUUGAACACAUGAAGAACCUUGAAAGGAUUGACCUGGAGCGUACCAAUAGGUGGCUAGUUAAAUCUGCUAAGGACAUUCAAAAAUCAAGGCCACAAAUUAAGCUCAGUGUUUAUCCUCCAGAAAAGUGAUCGCUGACUAACGAUGUUCUGUAAGUGCUUCUUUUACAGAAUAUCAUGCUCACCUGCUUUUGUCUUCUGCUCCCUUGAAUGAAUUCUUAAAAAGGAGGCGCUGAAGCAUCUAUCUUCUUCAUGUUUUCUUCUCUGUUCUGCCUUAAUAAAGCCUAUCUGCCUAGCUCUGGCCAGCAACAUUCAGCUACUAUAUAACCUCUUUGAAUUGUUUUUGUUUCAAUAUCUUUGAUAAUGUCAAAUUUUCUUUUCAACAAGUGUAUUGCGAUGAAAAUAAGGCCACAGAUCUCUUGGCCAAAUGUGUGCUAGAAGAACAAGGUGAGAAGGUAUUUGUUUCUGCAUGGAAUCUCAGCUGGAUCAUAUCUAGAACCUCAUAUUUUCUUCCUGUUGGGAGGUUGGGUUUAGUUCCAUAGUCUUGCUUCCUUGUAUUUUUAAGUUGGGGUGUGAACUUUG